UGAUGCAGUCCAGGGUCACAUCAGCUGCUCGGGGUCCUGGGGCUGGGACAGGCUGAGAUCAGUCUGAGCCGAUGAAAAUCGGUUCUCAUGGCCGCCCAGCCCCGAGUCAGCCCCUCGGUGUUGCCGGGGCUGUGCAGCCCCCCAGCUCACCCCUGUCCCUGCCCCAUGGGGUCUGUCACCACACUGUGCCGUGGCUCUGGCCGCGUGGGCACGGCCGGGUUGGUGCAGCGGGCGAGUGGAGGCGACGGCAGAUUCCAGCAAUGGGAGAGGACGUGGCGGUGGAGCCGCAGAGCUGCUGGGUGAGUCACACCCCGGCUGCUCCCAUUUGCCUGUCUGCCUGGGCCAGGCCUGGCAACGUAAGGAAAAUUAAUAACAAAUACCUGGGUAACAGCGUGAGAGCUGUGGCGGGCGGCACAGGACGGCAGAGCACUGAGCUGGGCAGGGGCUGAAGGAGACUUUGCCAUGGCAGAACCAGCAAGUUCUGGUGGGGACCCGCAGAGGGGGACAGUGCCUGGUGGAGACAUCGCCCAGACCAGGCUCGCUAACAGGAUCGGGGGACCAUGAACUGGGGGGUGUUCGAAGGGCUCCUCAGCGGGGUCAACAAGUACUCCACGGCCUUCGGCCGCAUCUGGCUCUCCAUCGUCUUCAUCUUCCGCCUGCUGGUCUACGUGGUGGCAGCCGAGCGGGUCUGGAGUGACGACCAUAAGGACUUCGACUGCAACACGCGGCAGCCGGGCUGCAGGAAUGUCUGCUAUGACCACUUCUUCCCUGUCUCCCACAUCCGCCUCUGGGCCCUGCAGCUCAUCUUGGUGACCUGUCCGUCCCUCCUGGUCAUCAUGCACGUGGCCUACCGGGAGGCCAAGGAGCAGAGGCACCGCACGGCUGGCGGGGACGAGUGCCACCGCAUCUACCCCAACCCCGGCAAGAAGCGGGGAGGGCUGUGGUGGACCUACCUGCUCAGUCUCAUCUUCAAGGCUGGCGUGGACGUGGUCUUCCUCUACAUCUUCUACCACUUGUACAGGAACUACACCCUGCCGCGAGUGGUGAAGUGCGAGCUGGCCCCCUGCCCCAACAUAGUGGACUGCUUCAUCUCCCAUCCCACCGAGAAGAACAUCUUCACCCUCUUCAUGGUGGUCACCACCUGCAUCUGCGUCGUGCUGAGCAUCAUCGAGGCCGCCUACCUGAUUGGCAAGCGGUGCCGCGAGUGCCUCCUGGCCAGCGGCAGGACGAGCCGGCGGCACAGCCGGGACUGCGAGCUCUCCCACGCUGAGCCCACGGACACGGGGGGACAGGUUUUCCACGGAGCGGACUACAAACCCCCCAUGGCCUCCAUCCCCCCCACGGCCUCUGCCCCCGACACACUGCCUGAGGAGGAGAAUCUUCCCUAGAGCUGCCCGGGGGAGCCGGGAGCCCACCCUGAGCCCUCCUCUUUGGUUUGGACCAGCCGUGGUGACAAACCAUCGGCUGGGGGCUCCGAUCUGCUGGGAGUUGGGGCAGCCCCUGGAGCUGAGCCCCAGCGAUGGCUUUGGAGCUGAGCUGCAGCCGGGCGGGUGGGUUUGGGAUGCCCAUGGCAUUACGACCUCUGUGCUGCCCGGGGAGGCACUUGUCCUUGUGCUCAGCGAGUCAAUGGCAAAUCUCCUCACCAGGCACCGGACACAGGCGAGCAAGGAGGACAUCUUAAUUAUCUCCCUGUAAUCCCCGCCUUUAAAAAAAAUAAACGAAUUCCUGAUUUGA